GCACUGCUGCCAUGGCGACGGCCGUGUCCGCGAGGGAGGAGAAGGACGGCCGUUAAACGGCCGCCGAUUGAUUGAUUGACUGACUGCUGCUGGCGGGGCCCCGCAGUGAGUCACCGUCCCUGAACCAUGGCUUUACGGAAGGGGCCCUUGCUGUCGGUGCAGCUGACCGCCAACGAACUCCAGAGCCAGAUUGAUACCUUGUUGAAGGAAGUUAAACAGCCUGAAAGAAGAGAGAAAGUUUAUGAGAGGUGUAUCCUACUAAAGAAAUCAGUGGAUGAAACCUUGGAGACAUUACGCAAGUUGAAGAAAACAAAUGAACUUUCUCUUAUAAGUAAUUAUGAUCAACGGAAGCGAAAUGAAGAAAGACGGCUGAAAGGCAUGUCAGAACUACUUCAAGAAGUUGCUCGGAGACUAAAUAAAGAGCUUACCAAACAGAAAAUGGAUGAAACUGACGUGAACGUAAAGAGCCAGGCUACGGCAGUGAAGAGGGAAACUGUGGAAGGUGUUGAUGGUGGUGGUGAUGAUGAUGAUGAUGAUGAAGAUGAAGAAAGUGAUGAUGGAGAGGAAUUUGAUGAACGAGAUGGUGUUCAACUAUUCAUUACAAUCAGUGACUUUGAAGCUCAGGAGGAAAGUGAUCUGGCAUUUAAGAAAGGUGAAGUUUUAAGAAUCCUCGAUCAAAAACCUGAUGGCUGGUGGCUCGCAGAAAAUUCUCAAGGGGAGGAAGGUUUGGUCCCUAAAACUUACUUGCAGGUGCACAAACAGAGUCGUAAGGGAUCACCAAGUAUCGCAGUCGAGAGUAGUGAUGAAGAUAAUGAUGAUGACGAUGAUGAUGAUGAAGAAAAUGAAGAAGAGUUGGAAAACAAGCCACAAAAUGUUAAACAAGUACCUGAAGCACCCAGCUGCAAGGAGAUGCAUGCCAUAGGUGUGCUGCUCUUUCCAUCAAUUUUGUUUUGUUUUCAAGAGUUUGUGAUCUGGUAUCUGACUGUAUCCCUGGAUUACCUCCACUAUCGUUCAAAUAAUUAUGGUCUGAUUUUACAUUUCCCCUUCACAGGAAAUGAAUUCCACAUGAGUUACUAUUUGCAGCCUAAGUUAACCCAGUCCAAAUUGUACUUUAAAGACCUUCACUGGGACAGAGUACAUGGUGGUCUCCGUCCAGUGAAGACGCAUAUAUCACAUAUGUUUACAUUGUGGAGCUGUAGAAUGGUUCCUUUACCUGGGUCUGCUGUGCAAGUGCUAAGCAGGCAGGUUCGUUUCUGCCUUUUUGAUGGCCAAAAGGUUCUCAGCAACAUACAUACAAUCAGAGCAACAUGGCAACCAAAGAAUCCCAAAACGUGGAGUUUUUCUCCAAGAGUUACUGGCAUACUUCCUAGCCUGGUGGAUGGUGAUUGCUUUGUUCGGUCGAAUUCCCAGUCUCCAAAUAUUGGUAUUCUGUUUGAGCUAGGUGUUACCUAUAUUCGUACUGCAACUGGACACCAAGGGGAGUUAAGUUGUGGAUGGGCUUUUCUGCAACUGGUUACUGCUAUUGGAGAUGCUAUUCCUCACAGGACCUAUGAAAUUAUAUUGAAUGGUGGAACACCUUAUGAAAAAGGUUUAGAAGUAGAUCCAACCAUUUCCAAGAGAGCUACUUUUUUUCAACAUUUGAUGGUGUCCAGAAAACAACCUAAACUGCUGGUGAAGCUGAGGUCACCAACUGGAAAAAUGAGAGCUAUUCUGAACUUACUUCCAGAAACUCUAGUUGGCCCAAAUUGCUACAUCCACCUACUGGCAUUUUAUCGACAGUUGCUUGCUGAUGCGCUUCAUAAAGACAGACUUAAUGUGCAAAAAGCUGAUCUCAUCUGUAACCCAGUCCUGGCGACGUUUCCAGAACUGCUGGAACAAACUGAUAUUUUAGAUGCUCUUAGGAGUGCAUGGUCUGAAAAGGAAGCAACUCUCAGCUGGCCUAUGAAGAGGGAUGCAACAUUUCUGAAGAAUUUAUUUGUCCAAGUGUACCAUGACAGUGCAUAUCCUCUUCUUCAUUCCACAAUGUUACCAGCAAACAAAUGGAUCGAUGAUGAAGUUGAAAUAAGCCGCUGGAAGGCCAUUGCUAACUUUUUACAAGAAAGUCAAGAAAAAAAUGGAUCCCUGUACAGCCUGCUUUCUCCAGAACAUGCUUAUCAAGUUUUUGAUAUUGCAGAGAUAAGCUAUGAUUUCCUGGGAAUGGGUAGAAAUACUGUUCCUGUAAACUGACUUACGAAUUCGAUAUUAAAGGGGAAUAGUUUCACAAUGUUUUGGUGAACACUUCUACAGAUUUAUUAGAUUACAUGCAAGUGGCAUGAGGCUUUAUUAGUCAUUAGAAUUAUGACAUUGUUGAAGGUUAUUUUUUGAAGGCCUUUAUAAUCUCAACUAGUGGUGGUUUUUCAGUAUUUCCUUGCCAGAAUCCUUCAAAUAACUCCUUUUCAAAGAUUUAAUACUGCAUUUAUUUCACAGCUCUUUGUCAUAGACUUAAACUCAUGACCUUAGAAUUGCUUUUUAAGCAUUAAAACUGUAUCUGUCCAAAUAUUUGUACCUUUACAGUUACCCAACUGUAGCUCAAUCAAUAUGUUGUGCUAAUCAUACAGAAUACUCACUCGGUGUUCUUAUUGAGACCUAUAUAUAGAUCAAAUUAUUGCGCUUGUCAAAAAAGAAUGUCAAAAUAGCCAAGCUAAGCACAUUUUGUUUGACAGGGCCAGUGGCUUAUAAUACCUGAAUACGUCAAAUAAUUUACCAUGCGAGUCCAGGAGCUUUACUAGGGUUCAUUGGAUCUUAUUUUACGUUUUACUGUGAAAAUCCUGAUGGUGACCCUUUGAAAAGUACAUUCCAGUUAACAACUAUAAUAUAUUUGAAUGCUACUUUUUACAGCCUUAAUUGAUUGGAUCGAUUCAUAUACAAAACCUUCUAUUAAAUGUACUUUUUCAGUGAAAGGAGAUUAUGUUAUUUGUAGGUGAAUUUCAUGAUGUUGGUAACUAGUUAAUUAUUUUCAUUCUCUUUUUGUAAGCUAAUAGAUAAAAGUCUUUUGCUUAAAAGUGAUGACUUAUUUUCAGUUAAACGAAACUAACUCAAAUCAUAGACUUGAAGUGGAGUUUGUAAAUGUGUACGUAACUCAAUUACUAAUUAAAUUCAAGAUGAGCAAAAUUUCAGGAUGAGAUUUUUCAAAAGUUGAGAUUUAAUCAAGUAAUGUAUGAUUGAUUACUGGAGCAAAACUUGGUCCUAGGGUUCACAUUACUAAUGUAGUUUUGAUUCCCCCAGAAUUAAAAUAUAAAACCAUGGCAAAUUGAAUUGAUGUUAACAACAAAGUUACGGGGACAAGAAUUUCUUCUGACCUUGAGUAGGAUGGCAAACUUAAGGGUAUGAAGUGGCUAUAAGAUUGGGCACCUUGCCAGCAGCUCUGUUACAUCAGUGCUCAUCUGCCAGCUCACUUAUGGACUUUCAGAACUUCCUCCUGCUGCCUCUUGAGAGUUUACCUGCAGCUCCUCGUUACUGGCUCAUUAGGUAAAUCCUGUUUGGAACGAGGUGGCUCCUUUCUGGGCAACCGUGCCCAUUCAGAACCCCAAAGGUAUUACCAUCCACAUUCUCCCUCCUCCUACAGAUAGCACAGACUGGCCAUUGGAAGCCUGCAAGUCUGAUUGAUCCCUUUGAUUUCUGCAAGGCCUUCCCUACUGCCAUUUUGGGACCUGUUGCAACCUAAUGAUUGGUAGUGUUUGUGAUUACAGUGACUUCUCUUUUGCUGUUGUAACAUAGGUUGGAUUCUCUGACUUAUUGGGAAGUUGAUCUGGACUUUGCAUAUCAUUUUGCUGUAAUAACUCCUUUUUCCCUAAACAGCAAGAAUAACCUGCCUUUAUAUAAUUAAUUAUGUUUAACCACAUGAGAUAAAGGAACAGAAGUAGACCAUUCAGCCCAAUGAACCUACUCUGCCAUUUGAUGAGAUCAUGGCUGACCUGAUUAUCCUCAACUCCACUCAGCCCUGAAUAUGAAAUUUAUCCAUCCCAUAAUCAAGUUCAGCGAUAGAAACUGAUGCAUCAGUCAAUAGUAAAAUGGAAGAGAGUGUGAUAAAUAUGUUCUCAGAAAAGAAGGUGGGUCUAGUACAAGCAGUACAGACUAUUGGAAAGGAAUUGCAAAAGUGUCAGGAAGCAGAUCUAGGUAGACAGAAAUAGUUAGCAGAAUGUGGGUGGUGGGGAUAAUGGUUGUGGUAUCUGGAGCAUUGCACAAUUUUGAAAUAAAAGUAAAUGAUUUUCCUACCAA